CAGUUUAGUUUCGGAUAAACUACUCGUAGGUUGAUACUUAAUUGCUGGAGCUGUCAAAGUUUGAACCUAUUGCCUAGAGACACUACCUUCAUGCUUGCCAUCUCUUAUCGACUAACUUCAUUCCUUCACUACCUAGUGAGCGACCCUUUGCUCCUCCCUUUUCUCCCAUUCACACAUCACAAUCAACAAUCAAGUAGUCUACCAGUCGCAAAAGAACUAUCACGGAAAAUGGAGAGCACAAUUUCUAAAAUUAUCCAAGAAGCCAUAGACGGCUACGAGGAUAAUUUGAAAGCAAUCAAUCAAAAGGUGACCCCUCUUCCAUAUACACUCUUUUACUCAAUAUUCCUGACUGCAGCCCGCUCUGAGAUCUUCAACUUGAAUGACCGAAUCUUUGAUCGAUACAUUUAUCGAAUGUUCGAACUGUUUUUAAAGAUUCAAUACUCAAAAUGAUUUCAAUAUUCAAAAGUCCCUUAUCGCUGAACUGCAUUCAAGACUAUUGCGCACGCUCACGUAUACUUAUCCGUAUCUCACUAAUUUUAGAUCCAUGAAAAUCCGGAACUCAGAUUCAAUGAAGUAAAAGCACACGAUAACAUUACAUCUAUGCUCAAUGAGCUCGGCUACUCUGUCACAACCGGCGCUUAUAGUGUUCCAACUGCUUUCUCGGCCGAGUAUGGUAACGGAGGUCGCCUUGUAGUAUACAAUGCGGAAUAUGAUGCUCUACCUGACAUUGGACACGCUUGUGGCCAUAAUCUAAUUGCUACCGCCUCAAUCGCAUCGUUCCUGGGCCUUGCAUCAGCAUUGAAGAAACAAAAUGUCCCAGGUCGAGUCAGACUCUUGGGAACACCAGCUGAAGAAGGUGGUGGAGGUAAAUUGAAGCUCAUUGACGCAGGAGCUUACAAAGAUGUUGAUGCUUGCAUGAUGGUUCAUCCGUCUAUUAGGGAUCCAAGUCAAGGCCAUGUUGGUUCCGCAUACCUCACCUCGUUGGCGAGUCACAACUUUAAGAUCCGUUAUAUGGGAAAACCUUCACAUGCUGCUAUGGCACCUUGGGAGGGUGUUAAUGCGCUUGAUGCUGUUGUUCUUGCUUACAAUGCUAUCAGUGUCUUGAGACAGCAGAUCAAACCUUAUGAAAGAAUCAAUGUAAGUAUGCCAUACAUUUUGAGUCACAUAAUUACUAAUGUUUUGAAAAGGGAGUGAUUGAAUCUGGUGGUACGAGGCCAAAUAUUAUUACGGCCAGUGCAGGAUUAGUCUAUUACGUCCGGAGUGCCACUGUCAAAGAAACCUAUGAACUCAAAGCCAGAGCCAUCAAAUGUUUUGAAGGAGCUGCUCUCGCAACAGGCUGUACAGUUGAGUUUGAAGAGUACAUCUGCACUUUUCACUUUCCACUUCUAAGUACAUACUAACCUUACCCAGCAUAAACACGUACGCCGACCUACGAUCCAACAAAACAAUCUGCAGUCAAUACGCAGAAGCCAUGUCUAAUCUUCAAUACCCUGUUACAUGUGACUUAAAAAACAUUUACAACGCGCCUGGCUCAACUGAUAUGGGUAAGCUCCAGAUACCCAAUAUUUCCACUCCACCUCUAAUAAUUCACCACAGGCAACGUAAGCUACGUAUGUCCCGGCUUUCACGGCAUGUACGGAAUCUCCGAUAGAGCUGUUAACCACACGCCUGAAUUCACACAAGCAGCGGCUACCAAAGAAGCUCAUGAUAUUACUAUUGUGACUGCUAAAGCUAUGGCGAUCGUCGGCUGGAAUGUACUUACUGAUGAUGAGGUUGCGAAGAAUGUAAGAGCGGAUUUUGAAGAGGAUAAGAUUUUGAGAGAGAAGCCUAAGAGGGCUGUGGUUGUAAGUGGUGCUUGUUGAAGUAGAAGUGGUUGUUUGGUGGGUGGUUUGAUGUGGCGAAGGAAGAGUAAGGUUUGGAUAUCGAUUGCUUUCAGAAUUGCAAAUUCGAUACUCGGGAAAUAGGAUUCGGAUAUAGGAUAUAGGAUAACAUAGGUACAUAUGCCAAUUUCAAUCAGAAUAUCCACUCAAUG